CGUGAGUUGAGUACGAACAAGCCUAGUACAAACUCUUGGAUGGCCUUGUAACCUUGAAGGCUGCGAAAGCAAAACGCGGGUUCCUUAUAAAUGCUUCUCACGUUUGCUUUAAGGUUAUCAUCAACGCAGCCAGUUGUACAGUGAAACUGAAGUUCGCACAUAGAAAUGGGUGUCCACUCAUAUUCAUCUAUAUUUGAAUAUCUCAAAAAUGUUGGUGUUCAUAUGCUUGACGAACUGUACACUCAUCCUCCAACAUGUCUUGUCGUUUUCAGAGAAUUACCUGAACUUGCGAAACAUUUUGUCAUGCGACUUUUAUUUAUUGAACAACCGAUACCAAAAUCUAUUGUCUCUGGGUGGGUUGAAAAGGGUUCUAGUGCACUUCUAAAUGACUCAUGUAAAGCUCUGACUGAUUUAAGGAUAUGGCAUUCUACAGACAGUAAUGUUUCUCGAGGCUCUUGGUCGUUAAACAAAAAGUACCAAGAGUCUAUUCGGAUAUCACUAUUCGGAGGUGGAAAACCCUUACUUGGAGAUUUAGGCAUUGUGACAAACGAUAAGUACUCAAAAAGCGUUGACUUUUUAAAAUCGUAUGCAGCUGAACGUUGGGAUGCUAUACUUCACUUUAUGGUAGGUUCUGAAUCAGCGGAAGUUGGAAGUGUUGUGAAGGAUGUGCUUCUAUUGUCCAAUUUAAUGAAAUGUGAAGGUAAUGAUUGUCCAAUCGGUAUCACAAAGCAUGGGUUCCAUUUCUUGCUUAUGAGUCGACAGUUUCAAGUACUAGUUUUCAUCCUGCACUACUUUGAUUACUUAAAGGAAAAUAGUAAAAAUCUAGUUGGAGCCCUACAGUUCGUUUUCCAACUCAGUUUUCUGUGUCCGACUAAGAGCUAUCCAGUAGAGGCACUGAGUACUGCCCAACAGGAAGUAUUACAACAUAUGCGCGAACUCGGUUUAGCUUAUCAGCGGAAACGUACAGCGCCUCGUUUUUAUGUAACUCCUCUUGCUUUGGAUGUAGCUGGAGGUCAUACUACCUUCUCGGAAAGUAAAUCAGGUGGAUGGGGUCCACAAUUAGGAGUUAUUCCUACUGGUGUCUCAAAAACAGAUCCUACCGAUAGCAGUAAAAUGUUUUCGCAAAUUUCAGUAUCGAAUUCUUCCGAUGUUGGUUACAUUUUGCUAGAAACCAAUUUCCGACUAUAUGCCUAUACAGAUUCACCGCUUCGUACUGCUCUUCUUAGUUUAUUUAGCAAAAUACGUGCACGUUUUCCUAAUCUUGUUGUUGCUGAUAUAACUCGUGACUCAGUUCGUGAAGCAUUAAUUCGUGGAAUAACUGCAAAUCAGAUUCUGUCUUUCUUAAAAGCCAAUGCACAUCCAGAUAUGUUACUACAGAAUCCUAUAUUACCGCCUACUUUAACCGAUCAAAUACGACUAUGGGAAUUAGAACGAGAUAGAUUUCUAUUUCAAGAAGGCUGUCUGUAUGAACAAUUCUCUCGGAAUACAGAUUUUGAAAUGGUUCGGGAUUAUGCUAAAAGUAUUGGUGUUUUACUCUGGGAAAACCCUGAACGAAGACUAAUGGUUGUGUCUAAAGCAGGUCAUGAAGAUGUACGGAAAUUUUGGAAACAUAAACGUCCAUCCUAAAACCUUGUCACUGUUCAAUUUUCCUUUUCUACUCCAGAUUUUAUGUACAUAUAUAAUUAGACAUUUUCACUUUUAUUCUAACAGUAUUUGUUGAAGAAUGAUUUUUCAACAAAUUCCAUGAUUUGUUAUUUUUAAACUUAAAAUACAGCAUUAUAUCAAAGUAAAAUUGCCUUUAAGUAUUUAUCUUUCUGUAAUCAAACCAAAGAUUUUGCCCUCUGUUACUCCAGUUUUUUUUAUCAGUUGGAUAAAAUAUCUAGAGAAGUCACACAGUAAUAAUAGUUAAACAAGAUACUCUAUACUUGGAAUAAAAUCAAAACUUGUUUAGCUUACUUGUCUACUUUCGUCACAGUGUUUAUCUUUGUAUGUUGAGAACUUCUUAUCGAAAUAAGGCUUAGUAAGCUUUCAUUAUUCAAUUCGUGAUACUAGGUUUUAGUAUAUAAAUAUAUAAACUUCUGUAGUCAAUGUACAUAAUUUUUGCUAUAAAGAUUUUUAUUAUUACGA